AUGGCGGGCGGACGCAAGGCCAAGCCAGCUUCGCCUUCUCGGCCAUCAAGCACCCUGGUUGUCGACAACGGCGGCUACACCUUGAAAGCCGGCUGCGUAGCCGACGGUCGCAUCGACGAGCCGCGCGUCAUCCCCAACUGCAUCGCUCGAGACCGCUCCAAGAAGAAGAUCUACGUCGCAUCCGACCUUGCCAAAUGCCCCGACUAUGGAGAGAUGCACUUCCGGCGCCCAGUCGAGAGGGGCUUCAUCGUCAGCUGGGAAGCCCAGAAAGAGAUCUGGGACCAAGAGUUGCUUGGCGACGGCUCUGCGAAGCGCGACCCCGCCGAGAUGCGUCUGAUACUAGCCGAGCCCCCCAACGGACUCCCUUCCCUGCAGUCAAACUGCGACCAGGUUGUGUUUGAGGAGUAUGGCUUCGCCAGCUAUUACCGUGGUGUUGGUCCGAGCUUUAACGCCUAUCUCGAUGCCCAGAGCCUUUUUCGCACCCCCAGAGAUGCUUCAACGGCGGCAAAUGUACCUGCAGAGGUCCUCUUGGUGGUCGACUCCGGCUACUCUCACACGACCGUGACGCCGUUGCUGCGCGGACAACCCCUUCACUCUGCCGUGAGGCGUCUGGACGUCGGAGGCAAGCUCCUGACCAACUACCUGGCGCGCCUCCUGUCUCUCCGGCAUUUCGACCUGCGCAACGAGACAUAUAUCGUCAACGAGAUGAAGGAGGCCGCGUGCCACGUCUCCCUCGACUUCAAAUCCGACCUUGAAAAGACGUGGAAGGGAACAAGGGGCGAGACCCGUCCCUCGUACCUGGCAGGCGCGGGCGUCUUCAAAGACUACGUCUUGCCAGACUUCCACGCGAGGCCGCGCGGCCUGUUGCGAGAAUACGACGCCGCAAGACACGGCAAGACGAGGAAACUGGCCGCGCCCAACCACGACGGAGACGAGGAUAUUCUGACCCUUGGAAACGAGCGCUUCGCCGUGCCCGAGAUUCUCUUCAACCCGUCCGACAUGGGCACGCGCCAACCGGGUCUGGCUGACCUGGUUCGCCAGUCGCUGCAGGAGCUGCCCGUGGGCCUGUGGCCCGGCCUGCUGGCCAACAUUGUCGUCGUCGGCGGCAACUCGCUCUUUGAUGGAUUCGUUCAGCGUCUCCAGAAGGAAGUGGUGCAGCGAUUCCCGGAUGACUGCGUGGUCCGCGUGGCGCGCCCAGCGGAUCCUAUCACGAGCACCUGGCGCGGAGCUGCCAACCUCGCCACCCAUGCCGAUAUCGAGAAGCUGGUCGUGACAAAGAUGGAGUAUGAUGAGCUUGGCCCGACUGUCGUGGCGCGCAAAUUUUCCGCCGGCUUCGAUGCUGCCUAA